UAACACAAACACAUACCAUACAGUCAUUUUCAGGUGAUCUCGCGAUCUCGUACUCCGUGCUCGGCUGAUAUAUUGCAUAUUGGAACUCUAAAUAAGGCUACAUUUAUACGUUUCUUCAUCUCUUCAAGCAAAUUAGAGGUUUGCUGUAUUCUUUACUUUGAUCAGAUUGCAGAGAAUCUUUAGAAAGAUGUCGAGCAGUUUAGAAAAACACCUUUUCAAUCUGAAGUUUGCUGCCAAGCAGAUGAACAGAGAGUCUAAGAAAUGUGAGAAAGAAGAAAAAGCAGAGAAGACCAAAUUAAAAAAGGCUAUACAGAAGGGAAAUGUUGAAGGGGCCAGGAUCCACGCUGAGAACGCAAUUAGGAACAAGAGCCAGGCCUUAAAUUUCCUACGAAUGAGUGCCAGAGUGGACGGAGUGGCUUCAAGAGUUCAGUCAGCCGUGGCCAUGAAGAAGGUUACUUCAUCAAUGUCUGGGGUAGUCAAAGCUAUGGACUCUGCAAUGAAAUCAAUGAACCUAGAAAAGAUAAGUGCACUGAUGGAGAAGUUUGAGAAGCAGUUUGAAGACAUGGAUGUCCAGACACAGUGCAUGGAAGACACCAUGUCUGCUUCGACCACUCUCACCACACCUCAAUCUCAAGUAGAUAGCCUGAUGUCACAGGUAGCAGACGAAGCCGGAUUGGAGUUAAACAUGGAGCUACCUUCGAGUCAGACAGGCAGCCUUGGUCAGUCCACAGCCUCAGCAGAGCAGGAUGAGUUAUCAGCAAGGUUAGCGGAGCUCAGGAAAAUGUGAUGAAUUGUACAGCUCACAGAGUACAGGAAUAUGUAUUCCUUUUAUAUGAACAUGUCAUGAUGAAUACGCCAGUUUACGGUUACAUCAGUGCGCAUGCGCAGACAGGCUGACCUGAGGUCAGUGGUAUUUAUGCGUAAAUUAAGAUU